UGAAUUUUUUUUAAUAAAUAAAUGUGUUUCAUGUUUCCUCAAAAAAAAAAAAAAAAAAGUGUUUCACGAAAUUCAUGUGAUCCUUUGAAGCUUUACAUUUUCAAAGUUAUCCAAUAAAUUAAUAUUACACAAUUGAAUAUUGUAGCAGUAAGGGCUGCCCUUAAGUUUCUUUAAGAGCCUGCCUUGUACGAAUCGCUGAGUACCAUAACAACGGAUCAUCAUAAACAUGGCUCCGCGCAAGGUUGAGACUGAGAUUGAAAUUAAGGCACCCGCUGAGAAGUUCUACAAUAUCUUCAAGAGACAGGCUCACCACGUCCCAAACAUUUCUUCUGGCAGUAUCCAAGGAGUUCAGGUGCAUGAAGGAGACUGGGAAACUCAUGGCUCUGUUAAAAGUUGGAAUUACAGUGUAGGGGACGAAGUUGGAGUGUUCAAGGAAAAAGUGGAGUUUAACGACAAGAACAAAUCCAUAACAUUGAAUGGUUUGGAAGGAGAUGUUUUCCAGUCUUACAAGAGCUUCAAGCCAGUCUAUCAAUUCACUCAAAAGGAUGAAGGCAACAUUGCGAAAUUGUCGAUUGAAUAUGAGAAAUUGACUGAGGAUGUUGCAGCUCCGGACAAAUAUGUCGGUUUGAUGGUUAACAUCGUCAAGGAUCUUGAUGCUCACUUUAUCAAGGCAUGAUUAAUUAAGGAAAGGAAAAGCAUGCAAUGGUGAAACGCGACGCCAUCGUUAAUAUGUAAUAUUUGUGUUAAUAAUGCGUGCUUUGCUUGAUAAAAAUGCUUUGCUAUGUGAGUUUGCCUUAUAAUAAAUGUACGUGAAGGGAUAUCAAAUGUGGGAUUGUGAUGUAUAAACUAUGAUGUGGGAUUGUGAUGUAUAAAUUAUGGUUUAUAUGUAAA